AUGGAGCUGUAUGAAGAAGAAACAUCUUCCCCGUUGAGCCCGAACGGGCAGUACUUAACCACCUCAGCCUUGUGCCUCACUGUUCUCGUCGUCUUCGAGUUCCAAGCUCCUAUUCAUGACUUGCAAAUCAAUUCUAUGCUCCGGACUCUCUUUGUACCCACUAACCGUCGCUUUUCCUCUGUUGUGGUCGGAGAAAAGGACGGUGUAAAGAAAUGGAAGAGAGUCGACGUCGAUGUCAAGGAACAUGUUAAGGUUCCCGUAAUCCCCACGGGAAAAUCACCGAAUUAUCACGAAAAAUAUCUGGUCGAAUAUUUAUCGAAUAUAUCUUUAGAGCCGCUUCCAGAGCACCGACCACUCUGGGAAGUCCACGUGUUUCCUUACCCUACUCUCCAUGCAGCCGGAACCCUCAUCUUCAAGCUCCACCAUGCACUCGGCGAUGGCUAUUCUUUCUUGGGAGCUUUUCUGUCUAUGAUGAAGCGAGCCGAUGAUCCGUCUCUUUCUGUGUCGUUUCCCUCGUUCCGGUCAUCAAAUUCCAUUCCAAAAUCUCUGCAGGCCGGGUAUCAUAAUAAUGUUAGAAGGUUUUUUAAAUGUGUGCCUCGAAUGUCAUCGUGGAUUUUCAACACUGUCAAAGAUUUUGGAUGGAGUGUGUUGAAGAGCAGCGUGCUUAAGGAUGAUUUGUCACCGAUUCGGUCUGGAGACGACGUUGGGCUGGAGCUUCUUCCCAUGGAUAUGAGUGCUAUGGAGUUUUCUUUGGAUCAGAUCAAAAAAAUCAAGACCAGUCUUAAAGUGACUGUGAAUGAUGUGGUCACGGGAGUGAUCCUACUGGGAACUCGGUUGUACAUGGAAAGCAAAGAGAAGAACUCUGGCGACUCGAAUUCAACUGCAAUGGUGCUGCUUAACACCAGGAACAUGGAAGCAGCUGGUUCAAUGCCAUGGGGCAAUCACUUUGGUUUCUUGCCACUUCAGCUACCUAAACUAAGUAACACUUCACCUGAUCAUGAUCCCUCCCUCGAUUUCAAUCCCCUUGAUUUUGUCUACGAGACACACCGUGUAAUCAAACGAAAGAGAAACAAUCCAGCUGCUUUCCUCACCGGUGCAUUACUUGAUUUUGCUAGAGAAAUUAGAGGUCCUAAGACGCCAGCUAGAUUCAUAUAUAAGGCAAUGUCGAAUACCAGCAUGGGCAUCAGCAGCUUAAUUGGACCAACAGAGCAAGUAACUUUGCGUGAUCAUCCCAUCAGUGGAUUGUACUUUCUUGUGGCAGGUGUUCCUCAGAGUCUUAGAGUAUCGGUACUGAGCUAUAUGGGGAAGCUGAGAAUCGCCUUUGCAGUGGAGAAAGAUUUCAUCGACAUGGAAAAGCUCAAGGCCUGCGUCGAAACUGCAUUUGUCACUGUGUCCAAAGCUGCAAUUCAUUCUUAA